AUGGCUUUCGGUUAUGUAAACUGGACCCUUAUAGCCCUCGUCGCGCCAUGGACUCUGGUGUUUCUAUUCUUCGACAUAUUCGCGUGCAGAACUAGACUAGCGGCGAGCUGGGAACGUUGGGAUUCACUCAGACAGCAUUAUGUCGAUACUUUCGGGAUGCGGACUGGAUGUGCAGUCUUCAGUUGGGCUCUUGAUCUGGCUAUGCUCAUAGAACCACUCGUAAUGACGCUCAACAUGAGCAGAAGACGAAAAGUCCAAGAAUCUCUUGUCUUCUUGUGUAGUGCCUUGUAA